UGCUGCCCACAUCCAAUGUGUAUUCCUCCAUCAUACGCUGACCUUGGCAAAGCUGCCAGAGAUAUUUUCAACAAAGGAUUUGGCUUUGGGUUGGUGAAGUUGGAUGUGAAAACAAAGUCAUGUAGUGGUGUGGGAUUUUCAACAUCUGGUUCAUCUAAUACAGACACUGGUAAAGUUACUGGGACUUUUGAGACCAAGUAUAAAUGGUGUGAGUAUGGUCUGACUUUCUCAGAAAAAUGGAACACUGAUAGCACUCUUGGAACAGAAAUUACAAGUGAAGACCAGAUAUGUCAAGGUUUGAAAUUGACAUUUGAUACUAACUUAUUGCCAAACACGGGAAAGAACCAUGGUAAAAUCAAGUCCUCUUAUAAAAGGGAAUGUAUAAAUCUUGGUUGUGAUGUUGACUUUGAUUUUGCUGGACCUGCAAUCCAUGGCUCAGCUGUCUUUGGUUAUGAGGGCUGGUUUGGUGGAUACCAGGUGACCUUUGACAGUGCCAAGUUGAAGCUGACACAGAAUAACUUUGAAGUGGGCUACAGGACUGGGAACUUCCAGUUACACACUAAUGUCAAUGAUGGAACAGAAUUUGGAAGAUCAAUUUAUCAGAAAGUAUGUGAAGAUCUUGACACUUCAGUAAAUCUCUCUUGGACUUUGGGUACCAACUGUACUUGCUUUGGCAUUGCUGCUAAAUACCAGUUGGAUCCCACUGCUUCUAUUUCCACAAAAGUCAACAAUUCUAGUUUAACUGGAGUAGGCUACACUCAGACUCUGAGGCCAGGUGUGAAGCACAUUGUCUGCUCUGGUAGACGGGAAGAGCAUUAAUGCUGGAGGUCACAAACUUGGGCUUGCCCUAGAAUUUGAGGCUUAAUCCAGCUGAAAGAAACCUCUGAGAAUGGAUAUUGGAAGAUUUGGCCUUAAUAUAUUUCCAUGUGACCAGCAGGUGUCUCC